AUGAAUGAUUUUAAAGAUAUGAAAGUUAUUGCUUGUGGGCAAUAUUCACAAGUAAACUAUACUUUAAAAUGAAAGGUAUUUUCUGCUAAAUUAAGAAAAGAAAAUAAACUAUAUGCCAUAAAGAAAUACAUAAAAAAAACAUUGACAAGAUAGAGGAUUUCUCCAAAUAUUGCUAAAGAAAUAGAAAUAAUGAAUAUCUUAGCUGAUAAUCAAUACACUACUCGUCUAAUAAAUCAUUUUGAAGAUAAAGAAGUAAUUAAUAUAAAUAAUGUUACAUAGGCUAUAUAUUUAGUAAUGGAAUAUAUCAAUAAUGGAAAUAUGUAAUAAAAAAUAUUGAAGGAUAAAAAGUUAUCAGAAUAAGAAACUUUGUUUUAUGCUAAAUAAAUGAUAGAUAUUUUAGAAUUCUUACAUAAAAAUAAUGUUGUACAUAGAAAUUUCAAACUUGAGAAUAUACUCAUCAGAAAAAGUAUUUAUUCUUGUCUAUGUCAGAUGAAAAGAAAUAAAUAUCCAUUAAAUUAUGUGAUUUCGGUUUUAGCUCAUAUAUGUAACAUGGUGAAGGCAUUUUUAAUGGUAAUGAUUAUUUUGGUCCAGAACAAUAUAAUCUUUAACCUUAAACUUAAGCUUUAGACAUAUGGAGUUUUGGAGUUGUACUAUAUUAAAUGCUUACAGGCAAAUUACCAUUUGAACCUAAAUAAGAACAAUUGAAAGGUAAAAAGAAAUAAGAUGUCUUAUAACAUAAUAUUGUUAAUUCUAUUAUUUCAUUAACCCAUUUAAGUGAUGGGGUUUAAGAUUUAUUGUUAUCAAUUUUUCAAGGAAAUCCUUAAAAACGAGCAUCUGUUUCUGAAAUAAAAGAGCAUUGGUGGAUCUAGGGAAUACAAAGACCAAAUGAUAAAAUCAAUAUUAUAUCUAUCUUAGAAGAUGAUAUAGAAAAUACUUAAGUUGAAUAAUAAUCUUAAGAAGAUUAAUAAUAAUAAUUAUAAUAACCAAUCUAAUCUAUUGAUGUUGAAGAAUAAAUCAUUUAACAUAGAUUGUCUGUUAAAAAGAAAAUAUAAGAUAAUGUUAAAAUUAAUAUUGUACCAGAUACUAAAAUAAUUAAAAAAGUAAGUAAUAUUGAAAUAUAUUAAAAUGAAGAAUCUAAUUUAAAUCAAAUGCUAAAUAAUAUAAAAUAACAAUUAACUUAAAUUAAUAAUGAUAAUAUGGAUUUAAAAAGUGAAUUAAAAUUGAAAUCUAGUGGAACAUUCCAUUUAAGUGAUGAGAGAGAAAGUGUUAUUUCAUAUCUUAAUUAUGAUAGUAAAUCACGUUAGGAUUUCUGUAAAAUUUAAAUGUAAUAAAUACCUAGAAUUGAGGGAGAAUAAUUCUGUCUUAAAUAAACUAUUGAAUAAUAAAAUGAAUCAUUAUAAUCUAUUAAAGAAAAUAAAGAAACUAUUGAAAAACAUAAAGUAGAAAUAUCUAAUAAUAAUACUUAUAUCGGUGAAUUAAUAUCUACAAGAUUGUUAUUAAAUAAAUAAAUUUAAGAUUUAUAAGAAAAAAGAAGUUUUAUGAAAUUAGAAGAAGGAAUUAUUGAUAUCUAGUAAGAAAUUGAAAAAAAAUUAACUUCAUUAUCAACAGAUUUUAAAGAUAGAAUUACUAUUUUAGAAAUAUUUAAUAGUACAUUUACAGAAUCCAAAUUAGAAGAAAAUAGAUAAUAGUAGAAAUCAUUAAAAAGUACAGAAAAAAAGUAUGACUUUUCAUAAUUAUAAAAUGAAGAAUUUCCAGAAAAAAAAUAAAAAAAAAUUAAUUUACUUAAAUAAAAAAUUUAAGAAACUAGAGAAAGAUAAAAUUAAGUGAUAAAUUAAAUAAGUGAAAAUUCUAGUCUGCUUAAUUAAAAAGAUGAGGAAUCAAUUAGAGAAAAAUUGAAUUUAUAAUUGGCAAAGAAAGAAGAAAUGAAUAUUUAAUUAUUACAUCUCUAAAAAUAAGCCAAUGAUUUAUUAGUUGAAAUAAUGGAAUAAGAAAAGUAAUUAACAGAGUUGGAUUAAUAAAAAAAAAUAAUUGAAAAAUCUAAUCAUAAAUCGAAUAUCAUUUUUUGA